CUUCCCCUCUUGCACACACAGGAAUACAAAGAGCAGCACGACCUUCCACUUAGGCCGGGGGGGUCUGCUUCGUCGUCGUUGCCCCAUGGGACCGAACCCCAAAGAUUACGGCUCCAGCCCCUUUGGCCUUCUCCAAAAGCAGUGGCUGAGAAAUUCCCAGAAUCCCUCACUCCAGCCUGAGCCGCCAUGUCGUUCAGCGCCACCAUAUUGUUCUCCCCUCCCAAUGCCAAAGAUGCCAAAUGCUGUUGCUGCACCUGCAAGCAGGAACCCGGCGCUCCGCCGGCGGCCCCUGCGCCGCCUCCCUCCCCACCUCGCACCCCCAUCACUGUCACGGGGACGGGGCUAGCGGUACAGUCUUCGGAGCAGCUCCUCCAUGUCAUCUACCAGCGGGUCGAGAAGGCCGUGGGCCUCGCGGAGACGUCUCUGAGCUUGGCCAAAGCCAACAACGAGGCCCUGAGGCGCCUCGAAGAGGAGAUGGGGGCGCUGCGCCGGGAAAUGGCCCCUCCGGUCAAAGCUAGCCCGCUGUGCCUUCCGGUGGAGCGGCGGGAAGAGAACGGGGAAGAGGAGGAACGAGAGACUGAGGGCUUCCAAAAUGGCGUCCAGGUGGUCAUAGAAGAGCUGAGGCAGCUGGGAGCCGCGGUUGGGCCACCUGGGCACUUGGGUUUCUCUCCCGUGCAGCUGGGAGCCGGGGGGCUUGGCGGGGUGACGGAAGAAUCUCCCGUAGUAGAUACCUCCACGCAGCGGGUCUGUGCUACACCCUCUUCUCCUGCCCCUCAGACAACUCUACCGCCCCUGGAUGAUUCUUCUCUUUCCUGCCCAGAGGUGUCUCCCAACAGCGCUACUCUAGAGGAUGCUAUGCACGGGGAGCCGCAUUUUUCUUUUGGCUUUGCAAGCCUUCCUUGCAGAAGCCGAAGCAUCGGGCAGAAGAACGCGAGGCGCAAGAGGGACUUGGUCCUUUCGAAACUGGUGCAUAACGUCCACAAUCACAUCACCAACGAAAAGAGGUUUGAUGGCUCCGAGAGCAUUAAAUCUUCAUGGAAUAUCUCUGUGGUGAAAUUCUUGCUGGAGAAACUGAAGCAUGAAUUGGUAUCAAAUCACCACAAUUAUACAGACAAAGAGCUAAAAGGAGCCUGCGUGGCCUACUUUCUGACCAAGCGACGGGAGUACAGGAACUCUCUCAACCCUUUCAAAGGCCUCAAGGAGAAGGAGGAGAAGAAAUUACGCAGCAGACGCUACCGGCUUUUUGCAAAUCGCUCGGGGGUGGCACGUCUGCUGGGGCGCGAGGAGCAGCGCCUGUGGCAAGGCGUCACCGAGGAGCUCAUGUCGGACGAGGAGGACAGCCUGAGCGAGCCGGGGGUGUGGGUGGCUCGCCCCCCGCGGUUCCGCGCGGCUCCGCUCACCCAGCUCUGCUACCGGCUCGACGCCAACUCAAAGCACGGCACCAAAGCGAACCGGGUGUACGGGCCGCCCUCCGAUCGCCUGCCCUCCACUGAAGUCCAACUUCUUCCCCUCCACCUUUACAACGCCCAUUUUCAGGAGGAGGAAGCCCGGGCCGGCACUCCGCCUUGCCCGCCUGGCCACAAAGGUUUUUGCCCCGACCUCAGCUCCUUUGUGGAGAUCAAGGUGGAAAAAGACGAGUGACCUCAGAGGGCAACCUAAGCUUAGCACAGCAGCCAAAACCAAGCAGAGAGCAGAGAGGUCAUGGCUGGGAGAGAUACUACAACUGCUCGAGGUAGGUCCUUUUUCAGGGUGGGGAGAGAAAGAAGAGUUCUACCACGCCCUAAAUUGAGUUUGUGAAAGAAGAAACAGAAAAAGCAAAGAACUCUCCGCAGUAGUUGUAGUCAUGGGAAACUCGCUCCAGCACGUCUACCUUGGGUCCUGGAGCACUACAGAUCGGUCUGUUCCAGCCAUCUCUAAUGCGCACAUAUAAAUUUCUGUUAUAGAAGUUCUCAAAAUCCUGGUACAAAGGGACAAAAUCCAAUUGCUCUUCUCUCUCUGUUGUAUUACGACAUUUCUCCAUUUUCCAGUACCGCAAAAAGUCUCUAUAUAUCCAGCAAAAGGUGAGAACACAAUA